GCGGCGGCGGCGGCGGCUGGCCCGGAGCAAGAUGGCGCUGCGGCCGGGAACGGGAGCUGGCGGCGGCGGGGCCGCGGGAGCUGGCGCGGGGCCUGCCGGGGGAGGCAGCUUCAUGUUUCCAGUUGCAGGUGGAAUAAGACCCCCUCAAGCAGGUCUGAUGCCGAUGCAGCAACAAGCAUUUCCUAUGGUCUCCGUCAUGCAGCCUAAUAUGCAGGGCAUGAUAGGAAUGAAUUACAGCUCUCAGAUGUCCCAGGGACCUAUUGCUAUGCAGGCAGGGAUACCAAUGGGACCAAUACCAUCAGGAGGAAUGCCUUACCUGGGACAAGCACCAUUCCUAGGAAUGCGUCCUCCAGGCCCACAGUACACUCCAGACAUGCAGAAGCAGUUUGCCGAGGAGCAGCAAAAACGAUUUGAACAGCAGCAAAAGCUCUUAGAAGAAGAAAGAAAAAGACGGCAGUUUGAAGAGCAGAAGCAAAAGCUCAGACUUCUGAGUAGUGUGAAACCCAAGACAGGAGAGAAGAGUAGAGAUGAUGCUUUGGAAGCCAUAAAAGGAAACUUAGAUGGGUUUUCCAGAGAUGCUAAGAUGCAUCCUACUCCAGCAUCACACCCUAAGAAACCAGAUUAUCCCACAUCAUCUCAUUCUGCUAAAACUGUCUCCCCAUCACCCGCCUUUCUUGAUGAAGAAGAAUUCAGUGACUUUAUGCAGGGGCCUGUUGAAGCUCCCACAUGUGGGCCUUCUUCCACUUCCCAGCCUUUUCAGUCUUUCCACCCCACCGCCCCACUUGUCCAGUUGCAUGCUCAGAAGGCUGGAGCACAGUAUAUCCCUCCAGGCCCUUCCUUGGAGGAGAAGCUCCUAAUAUCUUGUGAUAUAAGUACAUCUGGGCAGGAACAAAUUAAAUUAAAUACUUCUGAAGUUGGGCACAAAGCCCUAGGCCCAGGUUCCAGUAAGAACCAUCCCAGUUUAACAGCCAAUAACGGGGGUGCUGUAGAUGGACGUGUAAGUGGUACCACUACCGCAGAGGCAGAAAAGACUUCAGACCAAAACCUGUCCAUUGAGGAGAGUGGUGUGGGAGUAUUUCCCUCACAGGAUCCUGUUCAGCCCAGAAUGCCUCCUUGGAUAUACAAUGAAAGUUUGGUUCCAGAUGCAUAUAAGAAAAUUUUAGAAACCACAAUGACUCCGACUGGAAUAGAUACUGCUAAACUUUAUCCCAUCCUGAUGUCAUCCGGACUUCCCAGGGAAACUCUUGGACAGAUAUGGGCCUUAGCUAAUCGAACCACACCUGGCAAACUUACUAAAGAAGAACUUUAUACUGUUCUCGCCAUGAUAGCAGUAACACAGAGGGGUGUUCCUGCCAUGAGUCCCGAUGCUUUAAAUCAGUUUCCAGCGGCUCCUGUUCCAACUUUAAGUGGCGUUCCUAUGACUUUGCCUACUGCUGUGAGUCAGCCAACUGGGAUGCCUUCAGGCCCUGCAGGCUCCAUGCCCCUCACCCUCAGACAGCCAGUCAUGGGCAUUAAUCUUGUUGGACCAGUCGGGGGAGCUGCAGCCCAGACUUCCAGUGGCUUCAUGUCAACUUACCCUGCAAAUCAGGUGGUCAAACCAGAAGAAGAUGACUUCCAGGAUUUUCAAGAUGCUUCCAAGUCAGGAUCCCUUGGUGACUCAUUCAGUGAUUUCCAAGAGUUGCCUGCUUCUUCAAAAUCAAAUUCUCAGCUCGGAAACAGUGCCCCUUCUUUGUUGAUGCCACUUCCUGGAACUAAAGGAUCAGCUUCAGUGGAUAAAUAUGCUGUGUUUAAAGGAAUUCCAGCUGACAAGUCCUCUGAAAAUACUGUUCCAUUUGGAGAGCCUGGUGAUAAAUAUAGUGCUUUCAGAGAACUUGAACAGACAGCAGAGAGUAAAUCUUUAGGAGAAAACUUUGCAGAAUUCAGAUCUGCGGGAAAUGAUGAUGGUUUCACCGAUUUUAAAACCGCCGAUAGUAUCUCACCACUGGAGCCACCAGCAAAAGACAAACCUUUUCUGGCAGCCUUCCCCUCAGGAGCUCUCCAACAGAAACCACAAACACAAGUGAAAAAUCCUCUGAACUUAGCAGACCUAGAUAUGUUUUCCUCAGUUACUUGCAGCAGCGAGAAACCAUUGUCCUUUUCAGCUGCAUUUAGUGCAUCAAAAUCUGUUUCCUCACGACCCCAGCUAGCGGGAUCUGUGGCACCCAUGACGACAUUGGCUUCAACUAAAACUUCUAGUUUGGCUGAUGAUUUUGGAGAAUUCAACCUUUUUGGGGAAUAUUCUAGUCCAGCAUCUGUUGGGGAGCAGGAUGACUUUGCAGAUUUUAUGGCUUUCAGUAAUAGUUCUGUUUCAUCUGAGCAAAAGGCAGAUGACAAAUAUGAGGCCCUUAAAGAGGAAGGUAGUCCUGUUCCUCUAAGCGGCAGCGUGAGCAGCACAGUGAAGAACGGACAGAACUCUGCCGCCGCGUCUACCAAAUACGAUGUCUUCAGACAGCUCUCUCUGGACGGAUCGGGACUAGGUGUUGAAGAGCUGAAAGAUAGCACUCCUUCAGGAAAGAGUGAUGAUGAUUUCGCUGACUUCCACUCCAGUAAAUGUUCUUCCAUGAACUCGGACAAAUCCCUGGGAGAGAAAGCAGUGGCUUUCAGACACACCAAAGAAGACUCUGCCUCGGUGAAGUCCUUGGAUCUCCCUUCCAUUGGUGGCAGCAGUGUUGGCAAGGAGGACUCUGAAGAUGCACUCUCUGUUCAGUUUGACAUGAAACUGGCUGAUGUGGGAGGAGAUCUUAAGCAUGUCAUGUCUGAUAGCUCUUUGGAUUUACCAACAGUUAGUGGCCAGCAUCCUCCUGCUGCAGAUAUAGAGGACUUAAAAUGUGCUGCUUUUGGAACCUACAGUAGCAAUUUUGCAGUGAGCACACUUACGAGCUAUGACUGGUCAGACAGGGAUGAUGCCUCUCAGGGCAGAAAACUCUCUCCAUUUGUCCUCUCAGCAGGAAGUGGGGCCUCCUCAGCUGCCUCAGCUCUUCAAACGAAAGAGACUUCAUUUGGCAGUACUGAAAACCUCACCAUGACACCUCUCUCCAAAGUCACAACCUUCACAAGCGAGGAUGCUCUUCCAGAGACGACCUUUCCGGCUUUUGCCAAUUUUAAAGAUGUGAUCCCCCGGGCCAGCGAGCAAAAGGAAUAUAAAAGUGGGGACUACAGGGAUUUCACCAGACAGGACCUGCCUGCAGCUGAACGGAGCCAAGAGGCCAUGUGCCCAAGCCCAGCCUCCAGCAGCGCUUCUCACGACACCCCCAAAGAAUGUACAGAUGACUUUGGAGAGUUUCAAAGUGAAAAGCCCAAAAUCAGCAAAUUUGACUUUUUAGUGGCCAAUUCACAAGGCAAAAUGAAAUCCAGUGAAGAAAUGAUCAAAAGUGAGCUGGCAACCUUUGACCUUUCCGUUCAAGGAUCGCACAAGAGGAGUCUGAGCCUUGGUGAUAAAGAAAUAAGCCGUUCUUCUCCUUCUCCGGCCCUGGAGCAGCCUUUCAGAGACCGCUCCAACACACUGAGCGAGAAGCCCGCCCUGCCCGUCAUCCGCGACAAGUACAAAGACCUGACAGGAGAGGUGGAGGAGAAUGAGAGAUAUGCAUAUGAAUGGCAGCGGUGCCUAGAGAGUGCCCUAGAGGUCAUUAAGAAGGCCAAUGAUACCUUAAAUGGAAUCAGUAGUAGUUCUGUGUGCACCGAAGUAAUUCAGUCAGCUCAAGGCAUGGAAUACUUACUAGGUGUUGUUGAGGUGUACAGGGUAACCAAACGUGUGGAGCUGGGGAUAAAAGCCACUGCGGUGUGCAGUGAGAAACUCCAGCAGUUGCUGAAGGACAUUGAUAAAGUAUGGAAUAACCUAAUUGGCUUCAUGUCACUCGCCACACUCACGGCUCCGGACGCGCAGGCUCAGCGGCCAUUGCUCACGGGCCCAGCCGCUCCGCAGCAUGUGGGAUCUUCCCGGACCGGGGCACGAACCUGUGUCCCCUGCAUCAGCAGGCGGACUCUCAACCACUGCGCCACCAGGGAAGCCCUAUCACAGGAUAUUGAAUAUAGGUUCCCUGUGCUAUACAGUAGGACCUUGUUGUUGAUCCAUCCUAUAUGUAAUAGGUUGCAUCUGCUAACCCCAAACUCCCAGUCCAUCCCUCCCCCAACCCCUGCCCCCUGUGCAGCCACCAGUCUGUUCUCUAUGUCUGUGAUUCUGUUUUUGUUUCAUAGAUAGGUUCAUUUGUGUCAUAUUUUAGAUUCCACAUAUAAAUGAUAUCAUAUGGUAUUUGUCUUUCUCUUUCUGGCUUAAUUCACUUAGUAUGGAUAAUCUCUAGUUCCAUCCAUGUUGCUGCAAAGGGCAUUAUUUCGUUCUUUUUUAUAGCUGAGUACUAUUCCAUUAUAUAUAUGUGCCACAUCUUUACCCAUUCAUCUGUUGAUGGACAUUUAGGUUGUUUCCAUGUCUUGGCUAUUGUAAAUAGUGCUGCUGUGAACAUAGGGGUGCGUGUAUAUCUUUUUGAAUUAUAGUUUUGUCUGGAUAUAUGCCCAGGAGUGGGAUUGCUGGAUCCUAUGGUAAUUCUAUUUUUAGUUUUCUGAGGAACCUCCAUACUGUUUUCCAUAGUGACUGCACCAACUUACAUUCCCACCAGCAGUGUAGGAGGGUUCCCUUUUCUCCACACCCUCUCCAGCAUUGGUUACUUGUAGACUUUUUAAUGAUAGCCAUUCUAACCGGUGUGAGGUGGUACCUCAUUGUAGUUUUGAUUUGCAUUUCUCUAAUAAUUAGCGAUGUUGAGCAUCUUUUCAUGUGCCUAUUGACCAUCUGUAUUUCUUCUUUGAAGAAAUGUCUAUUUAGGUCCUCUGCCCAUUUUUCGAUUGGGUUGUUUUUUUGCUAUUGAGUUAUAUUUUGGAAAUUAAGCCCUUGUCGGUUGCAUCAUUUGCAAAUAUUUUCUACCAUUCUGAUUUUUUGCUUUGUUUUUCUGCUUUUUUUUGGUUGUUUUUGUCUUAUUUUAUUAUUCAAGUGUUUUUCCUAGUCGAGGAAUAACAUAUAUCCAAUGAAAUGCACAGAUCUUAAAUGUAUAGUUGGACCAGUUUUGACAAAUGCACACAACCAUGUAGCACACACCCCAUCGGUAUAUGGAGUGUUUUCAUCACCCCCUAAAGUUCCCUUUUGCCCCUUCCCAGUCAAUCCCCUGAUCUGAUUCCAAAAACAACCAGUGAUCCAUUUUCUGUAGAUUUCCAUCACCAUAGAUUUGUCUGUUCUAGAACUUAAUAUAAAUGAAAUUAUGUAGUGUAUAUAUUCUUGUGUCAGCUUCUUUUACAUAGCAUGUUGUAAAAGUUCAUCUGUGUUGUGUGUAUCAGUUUGAUCCCUUUUAUCACUGAGUAAUAUUCCACUGUAUUAAUAUACUAUGGUUUUUUCAAUCCAUUUUCUUGUUUAAAGAUGCAUGCUAUUUCCAGUUUUGGCUAAUAUGAAUAGAGCUGCUAUGAACACUUCUUGUACAAGACUUUUGUUAACAUGUUUUCAUUUCUCUUGGAUAAAAAUAUCUAGGAAUUGCAAGCUCAUAUAAUAGAUUUGCAUUUUAACUUUUAAGAAAUUAACAGCUUUCAGUCAUUGGGUGACACGCUCCCUAUUUCAUAGAUUUUUUGGUAAGGAAUAAAAUAAUGUAUGUAAUGAGCCUAGUGUACUGCUUAGCACAGGUAAAGACUUGACUUGUUAGCUGUUAAUAUAUUUAUUCUCCCUAGCCGAUAACAUCCAGAUCUCUCGUUCUUGAGUGCUAGGCCUGUAUAUCCAUCUGCCUGCUCAUAUAGCAUCAGAACUCAGCUGUCCCACAGGCAGCUUCGACUCGGCUUGUACCAAAUUGAACUCUUCUCCCCAGUCUCCAUCCCCAAACUGGUUCUCCUUUCACGCGCCCCGUUAGGGUGAAUCCUCACAGUUGCCCAGUCCCCUCCCCUCCUCGCACAUCUGACAGAUCCCCAGGCCUGUUGAUUCUGCGGCCUUAAUAGCUCUUCGUGUGUCCUUUUCUCUCCAUUCCGCACUGUUGCUCCCUCAGUUCUGACCUUCAGGACCCGUCUCCCGGCUCGCUACUGCAGCCUUGUAACAGAGGCCCAGACCCCCAGUUCAGUGCCUGCAUUGCAACCAGAGGGGUCUGUCCACAGUACAAACCUGAUCCUGUCACCAUCUAGUUACAACCCUUAGGGCUUCCCAGGAUAGAGUCUCAACCCCUCAUAUUCCUUUCAAGGCCUUCGUGCUCCAGUUUCAUCUCCUCCCUCCUUCCGUAAGCUUGGCUCCCACUCCCUAGAUUUCUUCUCAUGCCUGAUCUUUUGCUUAGAGGCCUUUGCCCAGGCUGCUUAUUCUACAUAGAGUAGAUACCCUUCCCUCCGCUACCUCAUCCUACCCACCCCUUUCACCUAGCAAACACCCAUCAGGACUCAGCCACCGUGUUUCGAAGUUCUCAGAAGCAUUCUCUGCCACCACGCUCCUUUCCCCUUGAGUCGGGUAAGUGCC